AUGGUGGAGUCUGGUCCUGGGACCAUGAAGCCAUCAGAGACUCUGGAACUGACCUGUAAAGUGACCGGAGCCUCCCUCACUGACAGCACUAACAUCUGGAGCCGACAAUCUGAAAGGAAACAGAUGGAGUGGUUGGGAAGAAUAUGUUAUGGUGCAAGCACAGCUUAUGCCAACUCUGUUCAGGGACGACUGACUCUGUCCAGAGAUACAAAUAAAGGAGAAGUGUUUUUAAAACUCAGUGGAAUGAAACCUGAAGAAUCCGGAACAUAUUAUUGUAUAAGAGAGAGACACAUGGUAUCAAAUCAAUUAACAACAUGUACACAAACUAUUUUACAUUAG